AUGCCGCGCAUGAAUCUCGGCCUCCCCUACAACCACUGCAGCCACUCCCCCUGCCCAGCUGGCUUCCAAAGCCCCAACCUUCUCCGCUGCGGAGCUUGUCAAACCGUCAAGUACUGCGGCAAACCGCACCAAAAGACAGACAGACCACGGCACAAGGUCCAAUGCAUUCCUAUCAAGCAGACCAAGGACAAACUCACUGAAGAAGAAGCCAAGCUACGCGCCAAUCCCGGCGACGACACUGAUGGCAAUCCUUUCGAUAAUAGUGUCGGCCUCUUCUGGUUCUUCAAGAGUACUCGGCCUUACAUGCAAGCGCGCCACGAUUACAUCACUGCUAUUCUCAACGUCCGCACCGGAGAAGCCAUUGAGAUUGCCCUUAAGGAAUCUCUUGAGAUGCUACGUCUUUGUCGAGGCGACAAUCUUGGCGUUCGGUCACAAAUUCCUGCGCUGUAUCUCCGACUUGGAAGGGAUCAGGAGGCCUACGAUUUCAUCAAGUGGUAUGCUGUCAAAGGCGACUCUAAGUACAACUGGCGGGACAUGAGCUUGCAGUUCCUUGACCUACAGGGAGAAGAUGCAUUCGAGGCUGUUAUCGAGAAACCUCAUUAUUACGAUGUUUCCUUCAAAAUGGCCCUGACGUUGAUCAAGAUCCGUCUGAUGAAGGAUCUAGAGUCGCUGCAGAAGUUUAUACAGAAGAAGCCUAAUGCAACUGGGGAGGAAAGGUAUGAUUAUUUAGAAGAGGAGGCUAUGAGUGACAUUCUUCAACAGCGAGCGGAUAUUGUUGCACGAGAUGAUUACAAGGACUUGAUUGCUGAGCUGAAGAGUCAGGUACUACAGUUGUACAAGAUGGUCAGGGAGGAUAACAAACAUAUCUGGCCGGGCAUUGAGAACCCGAACUUGUAUGCGUAUGAUGUACCGAGCGCUUAUUCUCCUGGGUCGCGGCAGGAGGCGGUGCUUAUCUUUCGCCAGUCGUGGUAUUCUUGGUCAGAGACGGAGCCGGCGAUACAGCAUAUCAGGGGGAUUAUCAGUGCUGAUAGGUAA